GCUAGCCGAGUGUCGCGCCAACAGAUCAUUCCGCCUUAACAUAUUCUGUCUUAAUUCUGGUGAUCGAGUGCAAAUUCCUUGAUUUGCACCUCAACUCAUGUCGCCUGAAUUUGAGAUGGGCGAGGAAUGUCAUGAGGGCGAUUUUCAUUGCCGCUUCCGACAGGGAAUGCCGAGCGAUUUGCCAUCACGAACGAUUAAAUGGAACUUCACGCACGCCGUUCGGAGCGUGGUUUCCUGCAUGGAGGGUCUGCGAGCUCCGUUCCCGGUCCCGUAUCGCGUCGAUCAAAUCCCUGACGGCUCCUCAAGUGCUGCUGCAAUUACGUUUCACUACAAUCCACAACGCCGCUCACAGGGGUUGGUGGCUUCUCCCUUCCCAGGCAAGCGGGACACUGCGCCCGCUUUUGCCUUUCUUGAGGCCCAUAGAGUCUUUCCAGCUCAUCCGAAGGAUCGCACUUUGGAAUGCGAUGGUAACAGGGGCGUGGCACAAAUCACCCGCGCUAAGGGGAGAUGGUUCUAUCUUUCGCCUAGCCUUGGCCCUUUCAGGAGGCGAUUUUGAGCUAGGUAGACGCACUUGGCCGUAUAAAACCACAAUGAACGGCACCAAUCCUGGCCAAGUUGACUGGACGACUCGACUCAACAACCUUGGGUUAGCUGAGGGGUGGGCGCCGGAAUAUGAUCCCGCUCAGCAAUUCAUGGUGGCCAACAACAGAGUAUCCUGGGUAGUAAAAUGCCGUGUCAACGGUACUGAAUAUGAAGGAUUGCCUAAACCCAAUGUUCGCGAGGCUAAACAGUCCGCUAGCGAGGUGGCGUACAAGGCACUUACUUAAUCCCAAAAUUAACGCACACCCACUUUCUCUACCUACUGUCUGAAUUAACUCCACAUU